CCUCAUAAUUGUGCCUUUUGUCUUCGUGCUUCGUCCCAGACGCCGUGCAUAUUUUCCGGGAUGUGGGGGAAACCCCUGACACCACCUAUUGUUCUAGAUCUCUAUAAAACUCUAAGAGCCAGGGCGAAAUUUAGUUGACCAUCGGCGUGGGAACUGCGAGGACGUCUCGGCUCUACUGAUAUCUCUCUUCUGCGCCGGCCACCUCCGCAAGCUGGACAGCCAUCGCCCGGGUGGAGCUUUAUUUAUUCUAACUUCAGGGUACGUCUAAUGUGAUGAUGACGGCGUUAACGUGGUGGCAGGUGCUGAAACGUGUCCUGGCAGUGGCUUUUAUUCUAGCGACAGUAGCAUUUCUGAUUAUUAUGGUAGGCAUCUCAAGAUGGGAUUUCAACUCUCGUCACUUGCAUUUUCUGAACCAAAAUUAAAGGCCAAGGUCAUCACUGUGACGUCAGGAGGAACAUGGCGCUCUUCGAAUAAGAGAAUCAACCUAGACUGGGUCACCCACCUAAAGUACACCUCUGUCAAAAUCAUCAGAUCAAAAGCCAAGUAUCACGUGGGGGACACUCUUGUUCUUGAGGUCAUAGCAAGGGACGGCAACAAACGACGAAAGAUGUAUGGCGGUGACUACUUUACAGCGGUUUUACGUGACAAAGUUAAAAAAGCCAGUACAACGGGUAGGGUACAGGACCACGGAAAUGGUCUGUACACCGUUAGCUUUCUUCUCAGCUUCCCAGGGAAGGUGACGCUAGAAGUACAACUCGUCCACCCGAGCGAAGCGGUACAACUUCUGAGGGAACUCAGAGAGGUUCCCAACAAGAGAACUUGGUCUUGUGUGUUUAAAAGUAAGCCAGAAGACGUUAGGGCCAACUGUACUCUCCUUGCAAACCGAUCUCUCGAUUUGUCAAGUCAGUGCGACUUCUCAGUAAAAAACACAAGCCGGAAUUGGUUUUGCGCAAAACCAAAGGGAACAUCCUGUGACAGCAUCACGAAGUGUACAUCUCUUAAGGACACAGUGGACAAGCUAUUAAAUUCUGCUGAGCGUCGGCUUUUUGAACGGCCGUUCUUUCGGAUGAAUUUAACUGCUGACACGAAAGGACCAAUCAUCGUUUCCGACGUUAACGAAAACACGACUGUAAAGCGACCACUGCCGUUUUGCCAUCCUCGUUUGCAGCAUUCCGAAUAUCAGGGUUUCUGGCUCCGUGGCACAUGGCACUCGUUGUCCUGUAAAGUUCGACAAUUCAGUUCGAGGGAAAUCACAAAAUGUUUGACUAAUCGAACAGUACAUUUUAGAGGUGACUCUACUUUGCGGCAAUGGAUUCAACGCCUUGGAGAAUUAAAAAUAAUGCAUCCAGGGCCCGGGGACCCAUAUUUCAGGCCCUACACUAACAACAGAAGACAAAUUCAGGUCACAUUCAAGUUCCACACUGUUCCUAUCCAAGUAUCAGCUUGGUUUAAGUUUAAAAACUUGACUGAUUCUGGUGUUUCUAACGACAUCAUGAAGAUGAUCGGCGGUGAGAAUGUUGUGCUUGUGCUGAGCCUGUGUUCACACUUCACAGCCGAACCUACCCACGUUUACACCUUCCGAAUGUACGAACUCAGGUCCGCAAUAGAACAACUUCACAAGAAAUAUCCUAAAACAACGGUGAUCGUCAAGACGUGCAACACACGGAACCAUCGUCACUACAGGGAAGUCGUUCAGAUGUCUGACUGGCUGGCGGACCAAUUAAACCAGGAAAUGAGGAACAUUCUGGGAAGUUUGAACGUCGCCAUCUUGGAUGUGUGGGACAUGACCGUGAGCCAGUGGUAUCCCUAUAACAUACAUCCGCAUGAGCACGUAGUAGACAACGAAUUAAACAUGCUUAUGUCUUACAUAUGCCCUAUGAUGGUAAAAAAUGUGUAAUUUUGUAUUUUGAAAUAUGGUAUGACGACGCAAUUUAAAUAUACCACAAGAAGAUCUAGAUAAAAUUCUGUACGUGGAUGUGCGAUGAUAAUAGGAUGUGUAUUGCACGUUUGACAGAAUGUUUUCUUAUGCGUUUUUGAAAGAGCGCAUGUUGACCACAUGUGAACUAAAAAAAAACACUAGUCAACGUAUCAUGUAUUCGACAUCCUUACAGAAAGAUUUGUAGAAAUAUCAGUUAAGAGCUGGAGAAGUGUAAGGUGUGCCUGGAGGCUUCUUAUUGCUAUAGAUUAAGCUUUCUUAGAAAUCCACAGAAACUGAAAACAUCUUGUAUUUUGCUGCGCAAAUCCCCAUGGGAAAGGAGAUAAGGGAGAACAAAGGGAAUAUUACUAAUAAAGCUCGUGACAUAACUAAUUUUAUGUCAUACCUGGGCCGAGAAAACGUUUAAUACGGGUGUCCCGGACCGUGUGAUAACAUUCCGUAUCACACGAGUUGUCCGUUGUAUCACACGGGUUUCCUCGAGUAAAUGGAACUAUUUCGAACGGGCCGAAUACUGCACGGUUGAAAAUUUGAAUACUGUAUCCGGACGUUAGAAUUACUGAUGUUACAAUCAUUUGUUCGAGGACACAACAUUUUCUCUACUUCUGGUGCAUUUCGCAUCGAAACAUGUGUUUUCUUAGGUGGGUGUGACAUAAAUACAAUACAAUACGGUCUAUUCCGCAUCACCUUCCGUCCAAGGCCUCCCGCGGGUCGGAUCACUUUCCAGUCUUCGGGCGAUCCUUCCCGUGGUCGGGCUUGUACCUUGGGUGAUGCGGAAUACACCGUGUUGCAUUUUAUACACCUGUCAAAGACACGGUCUGAUUAUAUCAGCACAAGCUAGGAAAUAAAUGGCGGGCAGAUCAGAGGGUAUAGCAAUUCAGAUCAGUUGAGUUGAGAUAGAGGAUGCGAUAGUGUGGAAUAAAGUCCGUUUCUCGACCACGGUAA